AUGUCACCUCUUCGACGGCUCACGUUGCAAUUGCGGCGUACUAUGUUUUCCGUCAAAAAGUCACUAUGGCAGGUACCGCCCAACCCAGGGUCUCCAAUUCCCCAGCAGGAACUUGUCGAUGAGGAGGUUAGUCCUGGGUAUAAUCCAACAACUUUCUACCCAGCAAGGCCGGGAGAAGUACUCGGCAAAAAAUUUCAACUACUUUUCAAAAUUGGCUGGGGAUCACAAUCAACUGUGUGGUUGGCCCGAAAUAUUUUAAGCAACAAUGCUGAUGACGCCCGGCAUGAGCUAGAGACUGAAAACCACAUUACACAGCGAAAUCCCGAGCACCGUGGGCACGUGAUUCUACGAACUUGCCUGGACUCCUUCGAAGUAGCUGGCCCAGAGGGAAAGCAUAUGUGCCUUGUGUAUGAACCGAUGAGAGAGCCUCUCUGGAUUUUUCAGAAGCGUUUCGUUGAUCGUCAGGUUCCUUUGCCCAUUGCGAAAGCCUAUAUCUACUUCCUUCUUGUUGGUCUUGAUUAUCUUCACUCAGAGUGCAAAAUUGUCCACACAGAUCUGAAGUUAGAUAAUAUUCUCAUGUGCUUUGAGAACGACAACAUUCUUACCAACUUUAUAAAGCGAAAACGGCCGAUGCAAUACAAAGUCGAUGACAAGAGUGGCCGGACUGUCUACCGCUGUCAUAAUGACUUCGGUGCACUCGACGUGAAAGAUAUCAAGAAUAUGUUCCCCAGAAUAGCAGACUUCGGGCUUGCUAUCAGACUUGACCAACAGUCUACUCGGAAUGGAGUGGUAGGAGAGCACCUUGGCAUUUAUCCUAUCCAACCUGACCAUUACCGUGCCCCUGAGGUAAUUCUUGGCUGCGGCUGGGACUCUAAGGCAGAUAUUUGGAACUUUGGUGUGCUGUUGUGGAAUAUCCUUGGGAGCAAGGAGCUAUUCCAACAGGUAGUUGAUGCAAAUGGCCAGUACGACGCAAAGUCGCACCUUGCUGAAAUGAUUGCCCUACUCGGCCCGCCUCCCAAGGCAUUAGUCGCGAAAUCGAAGGUCAUGUCAGAACACAACUGGCCCCAACCUGUCACGAAUGAAAUUGGCAAACUCUGCAAUGAUUCCCAAGAAUUCUUUGAUGGCCCUUUUUUCAAUGCGGAAGGUGAAUUCUGCUCUAAUGAUCUUAUCCCGUCUCGAGUCUUAGAGGACACAACCCCAUUUCUAGAAGAGAAAGAAAGAGCUGCAUUUCUAUCUUUCGUGAGAGAAAUGCUCACCUGGCUCCCGGAGGAGAGGAAGACAGCUCGCGAACUAAUGAAUCAUCCGUUUCUCAAACUUCGAGGUUGA